AUGUUUGUAUAUGUCCGUGUGAGAAAUAGCGCAUUUCGGGUUUCAUCUUCGUCAAACGAUACUGUAAGUCAUGAAUCAUCAGGAAAUUUGGAAACUUCAUCGACAACAUUUUUUGGUGCAUCAUUUGGUUUAGCACAGUUACCGGGUAGUGUAAAACCGGAAAAUUUAAUGCCAGCACUGUCUGAGCGUCCCGUUACGCUUACAGCCAUGUCGGAUGCCGCAGCUGCUACAGCAGCUGCGGUCGCUUGUGAUUCUCGCAUAAUUAGUGCUACACCGUAUUACAACAGUGGUUAUUCGAGUGCAAAUUAUGCUGGAAUGUAUGCUGCUAGUGGAACACAAAAUUAUUAUCCCGUCGUAUCAUCUUCACUACGUGGUUCUGCCGCCGCCGCCGCGGCAGCUACGUCAUUUCCGUUUGGUGCUGCUGCUGCUGCAUCCCACGCCUAUUAUGGUAAUGGUUAUCCAUCGGCUCAUUUUGAUUAUACAUCUUAUCCGGCAGCAAUGCACUGUUACGCAGGUCGAAGUGGUUACUACGGGUGUUCCAUCAAUCCUGUUUCACCAAAUUCAUCCUUAUAUGCAAUGAAUUCAUUAACAAAUGAUAUGAAUACAUCCAAUCAGUUGUCAUCUUUUACCACAAAACAUGAAACGAAGCGAUCAAAUAAAGCAACAAAACGUAAGAAAAAUCCGGGCAGUAUAAGCAGUCCGGAAAAGCAAUAUAAGCGUGCAUUUAUAUGGGAAAUGGAAGAUGUUUGUGUAUUAUCUAAUUUUUUCCUUCGAUCCAAUGAUCCGAUCCGUAAUGAACGAUUAGCACAAACGAUCAAUAAUAACGUUGAUCGAUUAAUUGCAUCCAUUUUUGGUACUGAUCAAGAUGAUCAAGAUUGUGAAUAUGUGAAUAUCGAAGAUGCCAAUAUCGAUGAUACAUUUGAUGACAUAACAUAUACACCAACUAAUAUUGAUACGCCAAGUACAUCAACUAUGAGUAACCAGGAAUCAUCGUUAUUAGGUCACGCACGUGGAGGUGUAGAUUGGAUGAGGAAAUUGGCUGCGAAAUAUCAGCACAUAAAAGAUACUUAUAAUUCAUAUAAGGAUAAUUUCGCUGGUCUUUUGGAACGGACUGGAAAUACAGAACGAGCUGAACUAUUAGCGUUAAAAUCAGCAAUGGAUCCGUUAACUCAAGGCUGGGGAGAAAGUAUUGGACAAUGUUUGAAACUCAUCAUCGAUAGAUCAUCUCGAGAGCAUUAUGCGAAUGUAUUAUUAACAGGCGAAAAUAUUGUCUCAACACUAGCUAAAUUAUUAAUUAUGGAGCAAAGUUCAAUGAUACCGGCAGAGAAUGUUUAUAGUAUGAUGAAAAUUGGUAAAGAAGCGGAAAAUAUUCCAUUAUGGAAAGUGAAAAGUGUACGUGAUUUGGAUCUCUUCCAUUUGGCUCUCAAUCAUCAUCUUCUUAGUUGA